UAACAAACACUUGCAAUAAGCGCCAUCGACCAGCUUAGGCUACUUCAGAAGCGAUUUAUAUUCCUUGAUAUUCUAUUUGUAGUGUGUUGUUGACCCAAAAUCGCUACACUCCAUGUUGUCUUGUUUGACAGCUUUUUGAGUUCUCACCAAAUAUUCUGGUGUUCUCCAAAAUAUCGACCAUCAAUCGACCAUGUUAUGUAUGGCCAGCCCAUGGCAUGACACAGGUAGGUAAUCUUCGUGAAAAUGACGAAUCUGCGAAUGACAACAUCUGGAGCUCUAGGUGGGCAGAGCCCAUAGACAGUAAAGGCAGAGCCAGAGCUUUAUUAAAAUUCAGUGACGUAAGCAAUCCUCACCAGCCAACAUGCUUUUUAGCCAAACUGGAACACGGGAUGUCUCUGUCGAUUCUUGUCUGGGACCAUGAAAGCCAUUUGCAGUAUACAUUCUGGACCAAUGAAAUAGCUUAAUCGAACUUGUAGCGAUCCGGUAGCAGUGCGCGAUGCGUUAGCCUGUAUUUCAACACUCAAUGUGGUAUGUGACAAGACAAUAGUUAAUGUUUACUUUCUAGCUUUUGGCAAUUAGCUGUCGCUAGCUCAUCGUUCUAGCUCGCUAUCCAGCUUCCCACAGUGACACACAAAGGUGGCAUUUCAGUAGUUUAAGGCAAUGGUAAUAUUAACAUUUAGUUUGCACGCGUAAAGUUAAACAGGACACUUGUAUGACAGCUAACGUGACAGUGUCAGUGACAAGUUGAAUUGCACAAUGUCAAGUACUCCCGAAUCAAGGCGUGUCGGCUCGGUGGUAUCAGACCCACAGCAUUCCCGGAAGAUUCUGACGGCCCUUCGAUCCUUCCAGUUAGAGCAGUGUUUUCAAGAUGCAGUUUUGGUAAUCGACGACGAAGAAAUUCCUGUCCAGAAAAACAUACUUGCAGCCGCCAGUCCAUACAUAAGGACCAAGCUGAACUACAAUCCACCUAAAGAAGAUGGUUCGGUGUACCGGAUUGAGCUUCAGGGUGUGUCUAGCCCCAUCAUGAAGCAGAUUCUGGAUUACAUUUUCACUGGCGAGGUGUCUCUGAGCGAGGAGACCAUCCAGGACAUGGUGCAGGCGGCCGACCUGCUGCUGCUGACCGACCUAAAGGGGCUGUGCUGCCAGUUCCUGGAGAGCUGCAUCGCGGCGGAGAACUGUGUGGGCAUCCGGCUGUUCGCGCUGCACUAUUGCCUGCAUCACGUUCACCACGUCGCCACCGAGUACCUGCAGACGCACUUCCGCGACGUAGCCGCCAGCGAGGAAUUCCGUGAGCUGCCCCCCGAGCGCCUGUGCGAGCUACUGGCCAUGGAGAAGCUCAACGUGGGCAACGAGAAGCAUGUGCUGGAGGCUGUGGUGCGCUGGCUGAAGCACGACCUGGAGGCCAGGCGGGUCCACAUGAAGGAAGUGAUGUCGUCGGUGUGGGUGCAGGGGCUGGAUGCAGGGUACCUACGAGAUCAGAUGAUGGCUGACCCCCUAAUGAGGGAGGUGAUCGGGGAGUGCUGCAGUGACGCACUGGCAGGGAACAGCCAGCAGGGGGAAGCCAUGCUCGCCGCUUUCAAACCGCGGGGCUACUCUGAGUGCAUAGUUACUGUAGGAGGAGAGGACAGGGGCACACGGAAGCCUCUGCCAGUGGUGCGCGGCAUGUGCCCCCUGUACGACCCCAACCGGCAGGUGUGGAUCGACCUGGAGCCUAUGAGCGUGGGCCGCGUUGGGCAUGGAGUGGUCGCAGCAGAGGGCUACCUGUUUGCAGUGGGUGGGAUGGAUGACACCAAAACCGUGCUGAGCAGUGGGGAGAAAUACGACCCGGAACUCAACACUUGGAGUCCCAUACCCCCUAUGAAACAGGCUCGUCAGCACUUUGGUAUAGUUGAACUGGAUGGGUUGGUAUAUGUGCUAGGGGGAGAGAGUGAGGAUUGUGAGCUGCUCACCGUGGAGGUGUAUGAUCCACACUUCAACACCUGGACUACACUUCCUGAUAUGACCAUGGUUCGUAAGAUUGGCUGCUACGCCACCAUGAGGAAGAAGAUCUAUGCCAUGGGUGGAGGCUCAUACGGCAAGCUGUACGACUCAGUGGAGUGCUACGACCCUAAAAUGCAACAGUGGACUGCCCUCUGCCCCCUCAAAGAGAGAAGGUUUGGCUCUGUGGCCUGUGGCGUGGGACAGGAGCUGUAUGUCUUUGGUGGUGUGAGGAGUCGUGACACAGAUAAUCCAGAGUCCAGUCAGAUGACCACCUGCAAAUCUGAGUUCUACCACGACGAGCUGAAAAGGUGGAUGUAUCUGGAUGACCAGAGUCUCUGUGCCCAGACCAGUUCGUCCUUUGUGUACGGAGCCGUUCCUAUUGGGGCCAGCAUCUACGUGGUGGGAGACCUGGACACUGGGACUGCGUAUGACUACGUGCGGGAGUUUCGCCGCAGCACGGGCACUUGGCAUCGCACCAAGGCGAUGGUGACCUCUGACCUCUGUAAGACAGGCUGUGCCUCGCUGCGUUUCGCCAACUGCAAGCUGUUCCGCCUGCAGCUCAAGCAGGGCCUGUUCCGGAUCCGCGUUCCCUAACAAGCAGUUCACCAUAGGAAAAGUGGCGCACCACCACCAUCAUCACCAUCAAUUACUCACUCACCCCCACCACCACCCCCUCUGUAUAACAUCAGUCGGAAAUGAUGCAAGUAUAGUGUGGUAUUGCUAGUAUAGUGUGUCAUUGCUUUGAAAACGGGCAAUUUUCGGGAUAGGGAUUUUGGAAUGUGAUUGGGAGUGGGAAAGUAAGUUAAGUUCACUUGUGACCAGUGGGAGACCUAAAAUGUUUAUGAGUAGUGUUGCAAUGCUGGGUCGUUGGGUGCUUGCUAAUCGGCGGGUUGGUAAUAGUUUUGGCACGUAAUCUGAAUAUCUUCCACGUCGACUUUUAGUCCAGGAAGGUUUGGGUAUUUGCAUUGGAAAAAAAGAAAUGGCUUGCUACGUAACCACAGCAAAACAAGGGUUGGGCUUCUCUGCUAUAUUCAUGGUACCCCAUGGUUCAUUGUGGGUUACGGGUGCAAUUAUCAGGGACUGGUGCAUGCUGACUUCUGACAGGGCUUAAGAAAGGCUGGGGAAGAACAGAUCAUUUCGGGAAGAGAUGACAAAAUUAUGCCACUCAAGUGUGGCUCAACCCAAGAUAGAAGAUUUUUUUUUAAGAAGGGGAAAUGUAUGGGGAUGGGAUAAUUUGAAACCAGCAAUGAUCACUUUUUGUUUCCAAAAAAAGCAGUUGUAGUUGCAUUAUUUAGAAAAGUAGAUGCCAAACUAGACUUUAAAUUCUGAAUGUACAUGUGUGCAUAUGCAACACAUGGUUAUUCACAAUUUGUUUUGAAAAGGGACAGAUUUUCCUUGUAUGGAAAACAUAUGUUAUAAUUUAUGUAGUAUGGAAAUAUGUGAACAGAACAUGCAAUAGUAGAAAUCGCACUGUGAAGGCACUAUGUCUUAAUAUUCUGGGGGCUGUUUACGUUGUUUCCAAGUGUCCUGCACACAACAAGUCGGAAAUAGAUGCAGUUACCAGUCUCAAUCUUAACCCUCUGGAAGUAUUUUGUGGGUGACCCUUGAACUGGCUUUCCAGUCAGUGCGGACGGGUUUGGCAUCUGUUGACCCCAUUUGUUCUAUGCGAGUUUCAGCUGCUGCUGUCUAUUCUAAUUGAAGACACAGACACACACACACACACACACACACUCACGCAGACACAUGAACACACGUGGCUGCAAAGGAUUGUGUAUACACACAUAUACACUCACACUUGCACACGCACAGAUAUACACAUACACUAGACAGUGGAGAUGAAACCUACCCAAAAUAAGUGCAUUUAUAUGACGUACUGACAAAUUCCUUACACUGAAUAAUGUAAGCAAUGUGACACACUUGGAACACAUUAUUAAUAAUCCAGGGCGCACUGACAAAGCUUGAAAGUGAUGUCUGUUUUAGCGAGUUUUACCUCAGACAGCCACAAUCCUGUUUAGCUCCACUUCUCAAUCAAACCACUAGAACCACCCCAUUUUUUGCACAUCCACGAUGACCGUCAACAAUCAUGUCUUGUUUUGGUGUUUACUGUAAACAUGAGGACUGCAGUGAGCGGGACAGUGGGACUGUGGUGUUCACUAAAUAUUGAAAUGGGGUGUGACCAUCAGAAGAAGAAAAAAUGCCAAAUACUCCGCAAAGCACCUUUUGAUACUGUGGCUUAUGUCUCCCAGACUUAUUUGUCACCCAUGUGGAUUGUGGAAUGAAAAUAAGGUGGGAAUUUAAAAAUACAAUAAUAAAUUAAAUAAAAAGCUUUGAAUGCC